UAAGUUAAACUCUCCGUAUUUUGUUCUUCUUCUUCUUCUUCUUCUUCUUCUAUUCUUUAGUUUGUCUUUACUGCUGAAAGGGCUCGUGAUUAUGAACUCAUAUGGUUGAUGAAGGUUCUCAUGCUCAGAUUUCUGAAUAAACAUAUCAAAAUGCCCCAUUGUUAGCAGUCAACACUCAUCCACCCAAAAAUGGAUAGGAGAUUACCUAGGAGCCCAGCUCUCAAGAGUCCUAUGCUGUCACCUAAAAGCCCUGCAAUCUAUGAAAAGUACAAGUCAGGAUGUGCCUGGGGGUUAAUUCACUUCUUCGAUUUUCGCCAAGCUCAUUUCCACGGUAAGCUAAUUUCUGAUAAAAAGCGCACCAACAGGCAGGCCAAAGGUGAUGGUUAUAAAAGGAAUAAGCCUACUUUACACUCUAACCGGGAGAAGGCUCAAUACGCAGAUGAUGCAGUUGAUAACAAAAACGUAGCAGCAAAAUCUAGGAAACGAGAUGUUAAAAAUAUUAUAAAAGAAGAGAUGCCUGUGAAACAUCAGACAGAGAACGAAAAGGCCAAUGUUGAAUUGCAGAAUCAACCGGUUAACCCCAAACUUGUCAGUCAUUCAAAGGAAAAUAGGAAGGCGAGCAAGAGUUCUAAGAAAUCCUGCCGCUUUCCUGUUCUUGGUUGUGAUGCUGCCACUGAGGUGUGUAGGCAGCCUUCCGAUAAAAAAAUGGUAGAGGAAUCUUCAAAAAACAACCUGGCACCGGUGACAGAAGCAUCUUAUAGCGACGCGAAUACUACCAAUGGAGGAAAUUGUUGUAAAAAUGUUGGAGGCAGGAAGCAUUGCCAUCAGAUGGAGAUUAAUGUUCAAGUUAAAAUGAAUGAAGCGGUUGAAGCUUUCGUAGAUCAGAAAUUAACUGAUGGGGAGAGUCUUUGUAGAAAUGAGGUUGCCAACUGUUCUAACGAAUUUAUAGAUGCAUUGGAGGUUCUGAAUUCCAACAAGGAACUAUUCAUGAAACUCCUACAAGACCCUAAUUCUCUGCUAGUGAAACAUAUUCAAGAUUUACGGGAUUCUCAGGUGAAGAAACAACAACCUCGAUCUUCCUCCAAAGCUAAAACAUCACAGUGCCAGCCAAAAGGAGCAGAGGAGUGUGAAGGGUCAGCAGAUGCUCAAAUGUUCCUCUCUAAGGGAAGUGAUAUGCCCCAGCUUUCAAACACAACAGCAGUCUCGAAGUCACAAAAUUUUCCUGAUAAAAUCAAUAAUUGGCCAUCACCACAGUCUUCUCAUAGCUCGAGGGAGAAGGAGAGAAGUGUUAGGCCAACAUUCUUGUCCUUUGAACACAUGAAAAGGAAGUUAAGGCACGCGAUGAGGGUGAAUAAAAAAGAGGAUCAUCAGAUGUUCCUAGAUGACAUUUGUAGAUCCCUGCGUGACUUUGAACAGUUUGAAGAUGGUGAUAAAGAAAAGGGCAGGCAGGAAAUUGAAAAAAUAUCUGCUAGUAAUGUUGAAAAAAUGUCUGAAUCUUUCCAUGAGGCCAAUAGAAGAGACGAGAUAAACCAAGCAUAUAACACUAUUUCAGGCAUCGGAAGCGAAGCUACCUCAUCCACAGAGAGCUGUCACAGAACCUCAAAUCUGUUAACUGUAAGGCAUCUCAAUGAAAAUUUUCACCCUAAUAAACACUCUUCAGAUAUGUCAAAUAGAGGAAAUGAAGAUUUCUCAAGGAAACAGACACGGAGAACUUUGGAUAGGUUAAAGUCUUUUCCUGAAUAUGACUUGUUGUGUAGACUUACUCCACAAAGGGACAAGGGACGUGAGUUUGCAUCUCCACAAAUGAGAUUUUCACCAUACAGUAACUAUUCAACUGUUAAUGUAUACAAGUGGAGGGUUCAGAAAGAAAAGAACAUCUGCUUAAGUUCUCCCAUUAAUACUUCAGGCGUUCAGCCAGUGUCUGAUGACAAGAGGGCAGAAAACCAAUCGGAAGAUGCAAAGAAAAGUACCUCUGUUGAUUUAUCUCCUCUCACCAAAGUGCGUAAAACUGUACAUUCCCUUGCUGAUGAUUUUAGUCACAAAGGUAAUCAAACUUCUGUAUGUCCUGGGAAAGUUGUGGAAGGAAAUCAUGCUGUUAGGUGUGACAAAUGCGAAAGUAAUGCUUUAGAUGUCACUUUGGAACCAAAUGGUGUGCAGAAUACCAGCAUGACUCAAGGAACUGAAGCAAUCAACCUCUUCAGAGAAAAUGAAUACUUUGAAUGCUCAAAACUGAAUUCACCUUCAAGAGACCAAACAUCAUUUUCUUCAACAGAUGUUUAUUCAUCAAGUCCUCCAUUUAUUCAAAGAGCAAAAAUCUCUGAUAGCAUGAGUGACAGAGAAGGGCAGCCAAGUCCUAUAUCGGUUCUUGAACAGGUGUUUGUCGAAGAGAACACUAGUUCUCCUAGCACUGUACCUCUAGCAGUCGAAUCAUCUUGUCUAGAUAUUGAAGAAGACUAUGCAACUUCUCUCUUGGAAUGCCAGUUGGAUCCGAAGAAUAAUGCAGGUACUUCCGAGGACAAGCAAGGAUCUUUGUCUGAAUGCAUAAGAGAGCUUCUGCAACUUUCUGGUCUCAACUGGGAUGAGCUCUCUAAGAGAUGGCAUUUGUCAGACCAAAUGCUCGACACAUCCUUGUUUGACAAUGUUGAAGUAUGGCCAAAGAAGUCCCGUACCGAUCAGAGGCUGCUUUUUGGCUACAUAAGUGAAGUCCUUUUGGAGAUAUAUCAAUGUUAUUUUAGAUGCUCCCCUUGGAUAUCGCUUGUCAACCUACAGCCUAAACGAGCUAUGUUAUCAAAAAAUAUGGUUCAUGAAGUGUUGAGACAUGUUGAUUGGCUCCUCCUCUCAAACCUGCCCCAACAAACAUUACAGCAACUUGUUGAAAAGGAUUUGCGCAAAUCCGGAACAUGGAUUGAUAUCCAACUCGGUACUGAGGAAGCUGUUACAGAGUUAGUGGACAGCAUUCUAGAGGAUUUGGUAGCUGACGCUGCUAUUUGACUCGAAACAUAAAGCAGUACAUGCUGGAUUCAUGCGCUUCUUCCCAAAUUGCAUCUCUUAAAGUAGAGGCAGCUUUUGCAGGGAAAUACAACCAGUUUUCCAUAUUUUCCGAGAAGAGAUCAACCUCUUUCAGCUUUCUAAUCUUGUAGUUAUUUCGUCUGUGGAACGGCAUGGAAUGACGACCCUAGAAGAGGCGUUUUUGCUGGUUUUCAAGUGGUCUGGUGCAUGGAUUCAAACUAUGGCCUUGACACUCCCUGCAUACAUUUACAUUAAACCGAAACAACUAUCAUCAGUUAUAGGUUAAACUUUCAGUUCCAAAGAGAUUUCCACUCGGACUGGAUUAGCCAAUAUACAUCAAUAUUGGCUUACAGCUUGUAAUCAUCAAAUAAUCAUUCAGCUCACUGUU